AUGGCGUUGUCUCCGUACGCACGUGCUGGUGCUGAGGAAAGCCGCGACGAUCUGGCGCUAAUGCGUCAUGCCAGUGGAGUUUUCUCACCACAGGCUGUACAGCGUAGCUUCACGACCGAGGACCUGCCCAGCGCUAAGCCAUUCGCGAGCGUGGUGGACCCGGCGUUGCAGACGAAGAAGCGCUCGAGCUCGGACAUUUUUGAAAGCAGUCGAAUAGCUAUCAUUAAGGGUAUUCAGGGAGUGGGACUCGAUCGAAUGGUAAACACAAUGCAGAAGGCUUUUACAUCUGACGACUCCGAGCGCGUACUGAGAGCAGAGUGGCUUGUGGUGGAGACGGAGGAAGAGCAGCUCCAACGUCUGCAAGAAAUCGUGCGAAAGCUGCAGAAAGCUUUCAAGUUUUCUAAUCGCUUACGAACGCUCGUCAAAUUGGCUAAUACUACAUUAGCUAAGUGCGAAGAAUUGGUGGAGCGAAGUCAAACACAUCUCGAGCAAUGUAACCUAAUGUUCACUCAAUUUGUCAAUGAAAUCGCUACACUUACAGACUAUUUAAGCAAAUUGAGAGAGGCUGUGAUUCCAUCUCUGCAAGCUAAAGAUCACAACGAAGAAAAGAAAAAUGCUCGGCGAGCCGAGUGGGCACUGGCGAGGAUGGCUCAGAGUACACAAUCCAUGGUGUCUGAAUUGAGAGAGAGUAUGGAUGAAUUAUAUGAUUUGGCGAUUGAUUGCACUAAGCUGAUGGUGCAAAGUAUCACAUUGCUGCAUCUACGAGGACGAUCAGCAGACUUUAGUGGCACAGGAGUGGCAGCGGGUGCCGCUGGUGUUGUGGCUGGUGCAGUUGUGGGUGUUGCCGGAGUGGUGGCCGCUCCAGCAACUAGUGGACUUAGCUUACCCAUAUCGCUUGCUGGCAAAAGUUUGUUUUUGUCGGGUAUUGCGGCAUUGACACCUUCCAGUAUCAUGCUCAGUCGUCAAAGCCAACAGCUGAAUGGACUUUCGUUGCUAGUCGUUAACUUGAAGUCGUGUCUGGAGAUCAUGAAUCAGAAGCGCGAAGAGAUGGCGGUGGCGUUUGCUGCGGUUGAGGCUCUUGAUUUAGAUGUGAAGCAAGCCACAGACUUUUGCCAGGAUGCGAUUGAACUUGAGAGCUCCAUUUACGAAAGCUCGUGGGGCUUUAUUGAGGAUAUCAGCGUGAAGCUUUCGACGCUCACACAAUCAGUCGAGCUAUUUCAAGCGUCGCCGAGCAUUUGGCACUUUUGCAAGUCAGAGGAUGCGAUGUAUCAGUAUUUGCUUGCCGAAGAGGAAGACUGA